AUGAUUCUUUGCAUUUUAGUCCUUUUCAAAAUCGUUCUGCUUUCUCCUCUGUCUCUUUUGUCGCUAAGAUUGUUCGAGUCCAGGUCGAAGAAAAUGGCGCUUCUUUUAUCAACAACGAUGAACAAUCUGAGGCCUAAGCUAUUCUGUCAUAGUAGUGGAAGCGUAAAUGAAAACCCAGCAACAAUGUUCCGUCUUUUCACAGGAUUGAAUGUGAAGAACAAUAAAAGGGAAAAGUUUUCGAUAAUUGGUUUAGCGAUAAAGAACCCGUCAGGUAGUCAAACGACAGAGAGAAUUCAUGGAAAAAUCACGCCAAGGAAAGGAAAGGGUCCAGUUUUAAGUGAGGGGAGGGAUGAGGAUGAGAACUAUGGUCCUGUUUGUCCAGGAUGUGGUGUUUUUAUGCAAGAUAAAGACCCGAAUUUUCCUGGGUAUUAUAAGAAAAGAAGGGUCAUUACAAAGGAAGUGUUAAAAGAUGAGGAUGGUGGAGAAGAGGGUUUUGAAGGUGAAAUUGAAGGGUUUAGUGAUGAAGAAGGGGAGGAAUUUUGGGAUGGAAUUGAGGGUAAAUUGGAGGGGAGUGAUUCAGAAGGAGAUGAUAUGGAGGAAGGGGAUGAGUUUGAUUGGGAUUCUGAUGAAUGGGAAGCUAAGUUUUUGAAAGAGGAAGAUGAAUCUGAGUUUGAUGGUUUUGCUCCAGCAGGUGUUGGUUACGGUAAUAUUACUGAGGAGACUAUAGAGAAGAAAAAUGCUGAUGAAAUAUGGAAAAACCAUGUUGGUGUUAGGCUGCAGCCACCCAUUGGGAAUGAUCGAGUAUCAGAAUUAGGCAAAUGGGAAGACAGGGAAGUAAAAGUGUCUGGAACCAGUUGGGUUGUGAACAGUGUCGACAUUGCAGCAGCUGGAUUGGGUUGGUUUUCCUUGGGUCUAAAGGGUGAAGCAUCAUUUACAUUAUGGACAUACGAUGGAAUUGAGAUUACCACAAGAGAGCCAUUGGUUCUUGACCGGGCACCAUUUAUCGAGAGACCUGGAUUUUGGCUACCCAAAGCUAUAUCAGAUGCUAUUGGCAACCAGACUAGAUCUGAAGCUAAGAAAAAGAAACUUCAAGAGGAAAGUUUAUUUAACCAAAUAGGUAAUUAAAUAAUGAUAAAAAAUUAACUAAAUU